AAAAAAAAAUUAAUUUCUGCAGUGUCACAUUCUUGCAACCGAGUUAAACAAAAAAACAAUACAAUAAUUUAAGUAAAGAAAAUGCACAAACCAAAACAGGAAGAGCAUUCACAAACUGGCCAGAGCAAUUCUCUGCAAGCCAAUCCGUCAGGGCAGCCCCAUGACGGACCCGGCUCCGAAAGGUGUGAGAGCGGCAAGAGCCAUAGGGGCAUUGUUAUUGUUUUGGACACACGGUGUAUAAGAAUCAAUAAAUGGCGCGUCCGUGAGGGUCAACAUGUUUCGCCCGCGCAGAUUUUAUUUCUUUAUCAAGAAGUUAACGAUGGUGAAAUCUGCGAAAAGAACCAAAAAAAGGCAGGUGGUAUACAAAAAUAUAAAUCAAAUCGUGCUGGAGUGGUCCGUAAGCGGCUACGUAAAGAAGGGGAUCUUGUGCUCAAGGGGGAUACUCUGCUGGAAUUGACAGAAUGUAUACACACGACCGUUAUCAAGGACAUGUGCGCGGACUGUGGAGCUGAUCUACGACAAAAUGAAAAUGGUCAGACAUCAGAAGCUUCGGUGCCUAUUGUUCACACAAUGCCCGAUUUAAAGGUUACUCAAAAAUUGGCACAAAAGCUUGGUCAUGAUGAUACAAGACGUCUGCUAGCUGAUCGCAAACUCGUUUUGCUUGUUGAUCUUGACCAGACCGUCAUACAUACUACAAACGAUGUCGUACCGGAUAAUAUUAAAGGAAUCUAUCAUUUUCAACUUUAUGGCCCACAAUCACCGUGGUAUCACACACGCCUACGCCCAGGCACGGCAGAUUUUUUAGAUCGCAUGUCCCAUUUGUAUGAGCUACACAUUUGCACAUUUGGUGCUCGAAACUAUGCACAUAUGAUCGCUCAACUUCUUGAUCCAGAGGGAAAGUUUUUUUCCCACAGAAUUCUGUCUCGGGAUGAGUGUUUUAAUGCCACAAGCAAAACAGAUAACUUAAAGGCCCUUUUUCCAAAUGGUGAUUCGAUGGUUUGCAUUAUUGAUGAUCGUGAAGACGUGUGGAAUAUGGCCUCCAAUUUAAUCCAAGUGAAGCCUUAUCACUUUUUUCAGCAUACAGGAGACAUAAAUGCACCACCUGGCUUGUCCAAACAUGAACUCGAUGGCGAGGGAGUCGACUUCAAAGAAAUCGACAAGAUCCCAGAAAAGAAGGAAGAGCAGGAUACGAAUAAAGAAAAUGACGACAAACCUGCUGAUAGUACUGUAUCCAGCACAAGCAAAGGUAAUGAGGCAGAGAACGAAGACGAAUCAGUGGAUGUAUUUGAGUUGGAUAAACAGAGUGAUACCAAGGAUUGCACAAAUAUUUGUAAAAAAUUGAACGGUCAACUUGAAAACACAGACAAUGAAUUUAAUGAAGAAAAAGCUAAGCAAACUUUGACUAGCGAUAUUGAAGACAUUGUUGUCAUUGACGAUAAGGAGGAAAUGGCUGCGAUAUCAAUAAAUGUUAAAAGACCAGUUGAAUCUGAAACUGUGGAUUCUUCCUGUAGCAGCUCGACUACCAACAUCGAUGGACAGAAACAUCAAAUUGAAAUUGAGGAUCCAGAUGACUAUUUACUUUAUCUGGAGGUCAUUUUGCGAAAUAUUCAUAAGCGAUUUUACGCAAUCUAUGAUGAGACCAGAGAAAUACCUGAUUUGAAAAUCAUUGUGCCGAAAAUACGUUGCGAAGUGCUGCGCGGUCAAAAUCUGGUCUUUUCCGGUUUGGUACCAACACAGAUGCAACUAGAACAAUCGCGGGCGUAUUUCAUAGCCAAAAGUCUAGGAGCCGAAGUACAAUCUAAUAUUGGGAAGGAUAUAACACACUUAGUAGCUGUCAAUGCUGGCACAUACAAAGUAAAUGCGGCCAAAAGAGAUGAACACAUUAAAGUUGUCAAUGCCAACUGGUUAUGGGCUUGUGCCGAACGCUGGGAGCAUGUGGAGGAAAAACUCUUUCCCCUAGAUCGCAAAGUACGCAAUAAAGGCCGCCAACCUCCUGCCCAUUGUCAUAGUCCCGAGCAUGUAGUUAACUAUAGCGAACGAUCGGAAAUCUCGCCAUCCAGCAGCAAACAGCAAGAAGAGCAGGGUGUGAAUUUUCGUGAAACUCUCAACCCUUUGCUUGUAUUCACUAAUGCAGACAUUGAGAGUAUGAAUAAGGAAUUUGAAACCUUCUUCGAGUCUGACUCUUCUAGUGACGAGGGACCUGUAAACUUUGAAAAUCCUCCAAUGGACAAAAAGCUGCUUAAGCGAAAACGGGAAGACGACAACUCUAAUCGAGCGCACGAUUUUUUUACGCGCAUCACCGAUGAUGUUAUAAUAGGAACAACAAGCAGUAACUUGACAACAGAGUUGGACAAGAGUUCUAACGACGACGACGAUGACAACGCCAAUGAAGAUGAUGACGAUGACAUGCCUAGCGCAAAGUUUCGUCGGGGUGAGAAGUUACCUUCUGAUUUAGAAAUGGGAUCCGACUCAAACAGUGAAAACAAUCAGGAAGACGAGGACGAUGGCGAAUGGAAUAUGAUGGGCGCCGCUCUCGAACGUGAAUUCCUUGGCUUAGAGGAUUAGGAUUAUCAUCUUUGACUUGGUCAUCUAAAAUUCAAAAAGGUUAACAAAAUGAAGCCCUAAAUUAUGACCUAUUUGAAGUUCCAUUAAAAAGAAGGAACAGUGGUUGCGCAAUCUACGUUUAAAAUGUCAAAGAGCAGGUAUAACAUAAAAUGCCUAAGAACUACAGUGUAUGUACUAGUGUUUAGUUUGUAGUCUUAGUGUAAUAUUUAAGAUCAAUCGCACACAUUUUUCCUUUUCAAUUUAUUUUCUACGAUGUAAAUUUAAGCAAAAUGUACAUGUCCUACAAGAAUAAAUUCCGUUAAAAUUGUCUCCUUA